AUGACAUCACCAGUUCUCAAGAGGAAUAAUAAAGUUGAAGAUGUUGCUGAUGGAGCUGCGAAAUCCAUAAACUUUUCAUCUGAGGACCACGAUGAUGUAGCUCGGAUCGGCAAGAUGAGGUAUGAUGCAUUGAUCGUGGAAAUCAAACGCUUGAAGAUACGUCUAAGAUGGUAUGAAGAAACAUUGGGGAAGGAGAAAAAGAAAGCGAAAUUCCACCUUUGA